ACAUACAUAACUCACUGAAUGCACAUCAAUAAUACUAUAAUAAUGUCAAUCAUACACCAACACUUGGUUAUUUGAUAACACCAAAACAUACACUUGCUUGUCCUAAAAUCUAAUGGUAGAUUCUUUGAUUCCUUCAUCCCAACACAAAAAAAAUAACAAAAAGCAACCGCCCAAAUUCACUUCACACCUCCUACUAAGAAAGGAAAUUCCAGGAAAUUAAGAAUAAUGCAAGAACCAAAAUUCACAAGAAAUACACUCAUUUUUGGUUAUCCCUUUCAAUCUUUAUUAGAAAAGAAAACACAGCCCAUUAAUUAAAGCAUCAUCAUCAUCAUCAUUCAUUUUUUCUUUUCUUUCCAUCAAAGCUUCUGAAGGGGUUUUCAUGAAAGUUGCACCCAUUAUGCAUCAUGGUGGGGACUGCCUAACUCAUAUGGGAAUCAAACACACACACACACAGUGGGAGGUGAAAAAACACAAGGAUAAAAACAAACUAUACACUUUUUUCCCCCUCUUUUCUCUCCUUUUGAGACACAAAUUGAGGUGUGUUGCUUUCUCUGUUUUUGCAGCACGGGAGAGAUUCUCUCCACCCCUUUCAAGUCAAAGAAGAGAGAAAAUACUUAGAAACAAGAAAUAAAGAAAGUUCGAUAUGAAAUGGGAAAUGGAAGAAAAAAAGGAAGGGCCACAGCUCAUGGCAUAUAUUCCCCCUCGGCAUAAACCCCACUUAUGUUUCCAGAUAUGGGGUGGGAACAUAGGACAGGCUAACAACUCCCAAUUAUAAAGAGAAUUAUAAGCCUACCGCAUUCUUCAGACAGUGUUCUCAAGCAACCGACGUCCUUUCCUAUGAUCCAACCCUCUUACAUCCUAUUCUUCUUACACAAACAGAAAUGGCUCUUCAGAAUGUCCAAACUAAAGAAAUGAGCUUGGUAUUGUCUAGUGAUGCAAAGCCCAGAUUGAAAUGGACUCCGGAACUGCAUCAGCGUUUCGUGGAUGCUGUCAACCAGCUUGGGGGUGCAGAGAAGGCUACGCCAAAAUCUUUGAUGAGGGUGAUGGGCAUUCAAGGACUCACUUUGUACCACCUCAAGAGCCAUUUACAGAAAUAUAGACUGGGAAGAAGUCAACAAUCGCAGACAUACCACAAUAAUAAACAGCAAGAUAAUGGAGAAAAUCAGAGAAGUCAGCUGAGUAAUAAGAUUUGUGAUGGAGCACACGAGCAGAUUAACGAAAGUUUGCAGGUAGCUCAUGCUUUACAAAUGCAAAUGGAGGUGCAAAGGAAACUUCAUGAACAGAUUGAGGUGCAAAGACAUUUGCAGCUAAGAAUCGAAGCUCAAGGAAAGUACUUACAGUCAGUCUUGAAGAAAGCACAGGAGACUCUUUCUGGAUACAGUCCUUGCUCCAUUGAAGUGGAAAAUGCAAAAGCUCAACUUUCUCAGUUAGUGUCGAUGGUCGACUCUGGGUGUCCAAGUUCCCCGUUCUCCGUAUUGACAGAGAGUGAUGGCUCGGUGCUAAAAGAUGCAAGGAACAAACUAUUAGGACGUAAUGGAUAUUCACUCGAGAGUUCUCUAACAUCGUCUGAGAGCUCAGACAGGAAGGAAGAAACUCAAAUAAAGCAUGAAAGUGAGGAGAAUUAUAAGCAUGGAGACGACAAAGCCAAUAAAGGGAAGAGAAACUCUGUUGUGCUCUCGCUUAUGGAAAUGCAUCCAGCUGAAAAUAGUGGAGCAGAGAAUCAAACUAGCAACAGAAAGAAGAUCAAAAGUGCCAUCGAUGAGGUUAUGCACAGAGAGCAAUCCAUUAGUGAAAAGUCCACAGAACAAAAUAGUGACGAGGAAGUGCAACCGUUCAGAUCAUUGGCCAACAUUGAUUUGAAUUGCAAAUCCCUGAAUGACUUUGAUUCAGGUCCAAAAGUGAUAGAUUUGAACUUGAAUGGACUCGAACUCUUCAAUGGGACUUUUAGUGUCUAGAAACAGUACUAAUAGUUCAUCACGAGUCGUAUAAUAUAAAAACUAAUUGGUUUUUACUAGCUAAUAGAAUGCUUACAGAAAUUAUGUGUAUAUUGUUUUGUGUAUGGACCAUAAUGAACUUCUGGGGUAUAUCCAAAUUAAAGGUAUACAACAUAUAUAUAGCGUAUAUUCUUCA